AUGCAGACUUUUCUCAAAGGCCGACGAGUCGGCUACUGGCUCAGUGAGAAGAAACUCAAGAAACUCAAUUUCCAAUGUUUCGCGGAUAUGUGCAGGAAAAGAGGAAUUGAAGUUGUGCAGCUGGAUUUGAGUCAGCCGCUGGAGGAGCAGGGCCCUCUGGACGUCAUCAUCCACAAACUGACCGAUUUGAUAUUGGAGGCCGACCAGAACGACUCCCAGGCCAUGCUGCUGGUGCAGAGGGUACAGGACUACAUCGAUGCACACCCCAAGACCAUUGUCCUGGACCCGCUGCCGGCCAUCCGGACCCUGCUGGACCGCUGCAAGUCCUACCAGCUGGUGCACCGGAUAGAAAACAGUAUGCAAGAUGACAGGAUCUGCUCUCCGCUCUUCAUGGUCCUGAACGGAGAGUGCAGUGCAGAUGUGCUCCGGCAGAUCCAGGAGCGGGGCCUCACAUUCCCUUUCAUUUGUAAGACUCGGGUUGCUCACGGUACCAACUCCCAUGAGAUGGCUAUUAUCUUCAAUGAGGAGGACCUGAAGGACGUGAAGCCGCCCUGUGUCAUCCAGAGCUUCAUCAACCACAAUGCGGUGCUAUACAAAGUCUUUGUGGUGGGAGACUCUCACACUGUGGUGGAGAGACCCUCCCUAAAGAACUUCCCCUCUGGACCUGCUGACCGAAAAGCCAUUUUCUUCAAUAGCCACAAUGUUUCCAAACCAGAGUCCUCCUCGGACUUGACCUCGAGGGACAAUGUAGAGGGCGUGUCCCAGCCCCCGAACACUGAGGUGAUCCGGGAACUGUGCCGCUCGCUGCGCCAGGCUCUGGGAGUGUCUCUGUUUGGUAUCGACGUCAUUAUCAACAACCAGACGGGCCAGCACGCAGUCAUCGAUAUCAACGCUUUCCCCGGUUAUGAGGGUGUGCCAGAAUUCUUCAAUGACCUGCUCAACCACAUCAGCAGCGUGCUCCAGAGUCAGAGUCCAGAGGCAGCUGCUGUGCCGGUGAGCAGCAGCCCCCCCGCCCAGGGCUGCUGUAGCCUCCUGGGCAAAGAAGCCAGUGGCCCCUGGAUUGUGGACGGAGAUAGUGGUCGUAAGGGUUCUUUGCAGAGACUGGGGUGUAACAACUUCCAACAGCACUGUGUGUCCACUAUUGCCACCAAGGCCUCGUCCCAAUGA